AUGGCUUCAAAAGUAUGGUCAGAAGAUCGAUUCAGCUGUCCAGUGUGUCUGGAGAUAUUGAAGGACCCAGUCGCUAUUCCAUGUGGACACAGUUACUGUAUGGGGUGUAUUAAGAACUGCUGGAAUCAGACUGAUCUUACAGGUGUCUACAGCUGCCCCCAGUGCAGAAAGACCUUUACCCCGAUGCCUGAUCUGUGCAGAAACACCAUGCUGGCUGAAGUUGUGGAGGAAUUAAAGAAGACAGGACUCAAUCCUCCUCCUGCUCAAAGUUAUGCUGGACCUGGAGAUGUGCCAUGUGAUGUCUGCACUGGGAGAAAGUUCAAAGCUGUGAAAUCCUGUUUGACGUGCCUGGCAUCUUACUGUGAAACACACGUCAGGCCACACAGUGAGGUUUCUCCAUUAAAGAGGCACAAGCUGGUCAAUGCAAUUGGAAAUCUGGAGCAGAAGCUUUGUGCUGAACACCAACGAUUAUGUGAAGUCUUCUGUAGAACUGAUCAGACGUGUAUUUGCUUGUUGUGUUCACAAAAUGAACACAAGAGCCAUGAUACAGUCUCAGCUGAGGCAGAAAGGACUGGCAAACAGAAGCAGCUGGGAGAGACACAGACAGAAAUACAACAGAGAAUCCAGGAGAGACUGAAAGACGUGGAUGAGCUGAAACAGGCUGUGAAGUCACUGAAAAGAUCUGCAUGCAUAGAAAUAAAGGAAAGUGAGAAGAUCUUUACUGAGCUGAUCCGAUCCAUUGAGAAGAUCCACACUGAGGUUACUGAGCUGAUUGGAGCUAACGAGAAGGCUGCAGUGAAUCAGGCUGAUGGAUGCAUGAAGAAACUGGAGCAGGAGAUUGCUGAGCUAAUAAACAGAAACUCUGAGCUGAAACAGCUUUCAGAGACAGAGGAUCACAUCCAUUUUCUACAGAAUUUCCAGUCUCUCUGUGCCCCUCCUGAAGCUGGAGACUUACCCAGCAUUACUGUCAAUACAGACAUCUCUUUUGGGGCUGUGAGGAAAGCUGUAUCUGAACUUAAAGACCAUAUUGAGGACUUCUGCAAGGGGGAAUUAGUCAAAAUAACCAAAACAGUGAAUGAAGUUGCAGUUUACAGUCUGCAGGCUCCAGAGCCAAGGAACAGAGCUGAGUUUUUAAAAUAUUCCUGUCAGCUCACACUGGACCCCAACACAGCAUAUAGAAACCUCUGUCUGUCUGAAGGGAACAGAAAGGUGACACGGAGGAGAGAGACCCAGCGAUAUCGAGAUCACCCGGAGAGAUUUGAUAGCUGGCCCCAAGUGCUUUGCAGAGAGGGUUUGUCUGGGACUCGCUGUUACUGGGAGAUUGCGUGCAGUGGGGGAGGGGCUUCUAUAGGAGUCACAUAUAAAGGAAUCAGCAGGAAAGGAGGGGAUCAUUAUUCUAGUCUUGGAUUCAAUGACAAGUCCUGGAGUUUGCGCUGCUCUGAUUUCAGUUACACUGCCCGGCACAAUAACAAUCACACUGCAAUAACUGCCCCCCGCUCCCCCAGAAUAGGAGUGUAUCUGGACUUUAAUGCCGGCACGCUGUCCUUUUAUGGCGUCUCUGACACAAUGACCCUCCUGCACAGAUUCCAAACCACAUUCACUGAGCCGCUCUAUCCUGGGUUUUGGCUUUGGGGUUCUGAUUCCUCUGUAACAAUCUGCCAUCUGAACUAGACUGUUUUGUGUUGUAAGAAACCCUUUGUAUUGAACUCCCUGUCUGUCCUCUCCACUCCUCGGGUGAAGUGAAUGUUCAAUCUGACGCAAUUUUGGAUGAAAGUUAGGGGGUAAAACGGCGCCACCUGAAGAGCGAAACGAGAGGAAUUAUUUGUUUUUAACAACAAAUGGAUUUCAUACGAAAUAACUAUUUAAUUUCUUAAAGAAUUGUUAUGUUUUAUAUAUAUAUAUAUAUAUAUAUAUAUAUAUAUAUAUACAGAUGUGCUCAAAUUUGUUGGUACCCUUACAGCUCAUUGAAAUAAUGCUUCAUUCCUCCUGAAAAGUGAUGAAAUUAAAAGCUAUUUUAUCAUGUAUACUUGCAUGCCUUUGGUAUGUCAUAGAAUAAAGCAAAGAAGCUGUGAAAAGAGAUGAAUUAUUACUUAUUCUACAAAGAUAUUCUAAAAUGGCCUGGACACAUUUGUUGGUACCCCUUAGAAAAGAUAAUAAAUAAUUGGAUUAUAGUGAUAUUUCAAUCUAAUUAGUUUCUUUAAUUAGUAUCACACAUGUCUCCAAUCUUGGAAUCAGUCAUUCAGCCUAUUUAAAUGGAGAAAAGUAGUCACUGUGCUGUUUGGUAUCAUUGUGUGCACCACACUGAACAUGGACCAGAGAAAGCAAAGGAGAGAGUUGUCUGAGGAGAUCAGAAAGAAAAUAAUAGACAAGCAUGGUAAAGGUCAAGGCUACAAGACCAUCUCCAAGCAGCUUGAUGUUCCUGUGACAACAGUUGCAAAUAUUAUUAAGAAGUUUAAGGUCCAUGGAACUGUAGCCAACCUCCCUGGGCGCGGCCGCAAGAGGAAAAUCGACCCCAGAUUGAACAGAAGGAUAGUGCGAAUGGUAGAAAAAGAACCAAGGAUAACUGCCAAAGAGAUACAAGCUGAACUCCAAGGUGAAGGUACGUCAGUUUCUGAUCGCACCAUCCGUCGCUUUUUGAGCGAAAGUGGGCUCCAUGGAAGAAGACCCAGGAGGACUCCACUUUUGACAGAAAAACAUAACAAAGCCAGACUGGAAUUUGCUAAAAUGCAUAUUGACAAGCCACAAUCCUUCUGGGAGAAUGUCCUUUGGACAGAUGAGUCAAAACUGGAGCUUUUUGGCAAGUCACAUCAGCUCUAUGUUCACAGACGAAAAAAUGAAGCUUUCAAAGAAAAGAACACCAUACCUACAGUGAAACAUGGAGGAGGCUCGGUUAUGUUUUGGGGCUGCUUUGCUGCGCCUGGCACAGGGUGCCUUGAAUCUGUGCAGGGCACAAUGAAAUCUCAAGACUAUCAAGGCAUUCUGGAGCGAAACGUACUGCCCAGUGUCAGAAAGCUCUGUCUCAGUCGCAGGUCAUGGGUCCUCCAACAGGAUAAUGACCCAAAACACACAGCUAAAAGCACCCAAGAAUGGAUAAGAACAAAACAUUGGACUAUUCUGAAGUGGCCUUCUAAUGAGUCCUGAUCUGAAUCCUAUCGAACAUCUAUGGAAAGAGCUGAAACUUGCAGUCUGGAGAAGGCACCCAUCAAACCUGAGACAGCUGGAGCAGUUUGCUCAGGAAGAGUGGGCCAAACUACCUGUUAACAGGUGCAGAAGUCUCAUUGAGAGCUACAGAAAACGUUUGAUUGCAGUGAUUUCCUCUAAAGGUUGUGCAACAAAAUAUUAGGUUAGCGGUCCCAUCAUUUUUGUCCAUGCCAUUUUCAUUUGUUUUAUUAUUUACAAUAUUAUGUUGAAUAAAAAAUCAAAAACAAAGUCUGAUUUCUAUUAAAUAUGGAAUAAACAAUGGCGGAUGCCAAUUACUUUAGUCAGUUUCAAGUUAUUUCAGAGAAAAUUGUGCAUAUUUUUGUUUUUUGUGGAGGGGUACCAACAAAUUUGAGCACGUCUGUAUACAUACACACAUUAUCCAUAGAGGCUUUAUCCUAUAAAGCCGUGGUUUUCAGCCAGUGGGUCGUGAGGCAUGCUCAGGUGGGUCGCCACAAUUUGGCUUUGAGAAGAUUACAUUUAACAAUUAUUAUUACCAUAUAAUACUAACAUUUCUUAGCAACCCUAGACCCUGCCUUAGGAUCUGAAAUGAUCCUGUUGCUCUGAACCACAGCUGUUAUUAUUAUUAUUAUUAUUAUUAUUAUUAUUAUUAUUAUUAUUCAUGUUCUGGUCAGUCUGCUGUUGCACAGACUUUGGAUUGUGUUGAAAAGAAACAAAAGAAAAGCAAAUUUCUCGAGUAACAUUUUAUCAUCAGUCAAAUUUAAAGUGUGUCGCAUUAUUUUUUAUGUUUACUGGUGGGUCAUUGAGUUAAAAAGAUUAAACUCACUGCUCUAGAUGGGGAUUUUCAAUAUAUUUUAUGGGAUUGGAACUGGACCUGUUUUUCACACGUGUCUUGUGUUUAGUUUUGUACAGCGCUCUGAGAUGCCUUGGCAUGAUAUAUAAGAGAAUGCAUGUGUAUUGUAUUUUAAAAUCUAUUUUACCUUAAGCUUUUUAUGGCUAUUUACCAUUCAUAUGAACAGUAAUUUUGUAAAGUGUUAUUGUAUUAUCAUAUUGGUGCCACGGUUUGCUAUGCUAUUGAAUAC